AUGCCAAUCGACGUCCAGCCCAUCGUUGCAGCCGAUCUCCGGCGCUGCGCCGAAAUCGAGCACGACGCGUUCGCAGAAAGCCCAUCCUAUCCUGUGCUGUUUCCCGGGCCCUUGCCAGACGAUCCCCUGGCGCUCCGAGUCGAGGGCCUGGAGAAGGAGCUUCGGGAGGAUCCGACCGUGCGCUUCCUCAAGGCUGUGGACACAGAGCUUCAAGGCGACGAGGCGAUUGUGGCAUGGGCCAAGUUCAACAGUUAUCCGGAGGGGCUGCCGGUGCCCAAGCCACGUGUACCACCGCCAGGAUCCAACGCUGAGGCGUGCACAGCAUUGUUUGUUGGCAUAGACAAGAUGCGGGAGCGUUUGAUGACAGGCAAGCCGUGUGUCUAUCCGAAGCACCAGAGACGGGGUGCUGGGCUGCAGUUGAUGACCCCGCUGAUGCAGGAAGCAGUCAGGCUGGGCGUGCCCGCGUACCUGGAGUCCUCUGUGCCUGGGCAUCGCCUCUACCAAAAGGCCGGGUUCCGUGAUAUCGACGAGCACCGGGUGGACUUUAGCAAGUUUGGGCAAGAAACGCCUCAUCUAAACUGGGCGAUGAUCUGGGAGCUGCCGAACCGGAGGUGCCCAUGA